AUGGUGCAGAUGGCGCUAAUGCUGACUGUUUUAUCACCUCUCAAUGGGUGUCACUGCCUGCACAUAAGAUGUCUGCAUAGACUCCAUCCACCCAAGCAUCCUGGCCAAGGUCUUGGAAUUCAUGUACCUAAGACUGGUGUAUGUGAGGAAGGUUGUCUGCCUAUCAUGGGGUUCAUCCAGCUGACCAAUUGGUCAGAUAGAAGAGGAUGCAAAGUCACUGGAGAAGACCUAAUCUGCCAUUCUUUGAAAGUCAAACCCAAGGCCUCCACACUACUUAUUGGCAGACUUUUCAAGGUGACUCUCUCUGACAAACAGGCUGAGAGGGUGAAAGCGAAAGAGCUGUUUUACUGUGGAGAAUGUCCCUAUUAUAGCAGAGAUUUGCACAAAGGCAUUCGCCAUCAUUGGAUCCACAGACAACAGAGCAUAACAUGUCCUGUGACCUCUUUGGUUUUCACUGGGACCCUCAUCAAGGUUGAGCCUCUGAACAUAAAUCAGCCAGUGUCUGAUAGCAUGCAACAACAGCUAAACCAGUUCUUGGUCAUGAAGUUCCUCCAAGACUAUAAUGUGACCCCGCUUGGAAUGACAAAUGCUUGUCAUGAAACAGCUGAUGGUUUCCAGACCUUUUCAGCAAUUGUGGUGCAACAAGAAGGUGGUUUAGAGGCUUUGAAGCUGAGGCUUAUGAACAUGACAGAAAAAGAGCUCAUGAGGACGGUUUUGAACAUGAAAGUAGUUAAAAGAACAAGGGUCUUUGAUGAAAAGGCUGCUGUGGUGCAAUUGCUGAAAGUGAAGAAGGCAAAAGUGUCAAUCAGGGUGGCCUUGGAUGCACUUCAUCAAGGAAGACCCAGAACUGCCCUCAAAUACCUCAACUGUGCAAUCAAAGAAGCUGAUGAGAAUUCUGAAGAGUUAUUUCAAGCCAAAAAGUACAGAGCAGAAGUUCUCUACAACCAUUGCUAUCAUGCAGAGGCCCUUCAGGACUUGGAGGACUGUUUAUCAGCAAAGGCCUUGACAGAAAUCUGUAACCAUCACAUCAGGGAACUUUUGGUGGGACUUGACUUGAAAGCAAGGUGUUUGGAGAACUUGGGAAAGUUGGCAGAGUCUAGAAAGUGUUUCAUGUUGGCCAAGAAAGCUGGGUUUCCUGAGGGUGUCCACCAAGGGGUCAAGGACAUUCUGGAACAGGACUGGAAUCUUCAUAUCAGUUGUCUUGACACUUGCUGCUGUCUGCAUCCAAAGUCUGAUUGGGAGGAAUUCUCACCAGGAUUUCAAGUGUCUUCUCUGAUGGCAGAUGGUGUGAACAGGUUUGUUCCAACUGCUGCAAAAUGCCUGGAGCUGCAAAGUUCUGAAAAGUAUGGAAGAGGGUUCAUUGCCAAGGAUGACUUGCCACCAGGCACAAUUCUCAUCAGUGAACGGCCAUUUGCAAGAGCUCUGAGUCACUCUGCAGCUGACAGCCACUGCAAUUACUGCUUAACUUACUGCAGUUUCCCAAUGCCAUGCUACAAGUGCAAGUCAGCAGUGUUUUGCUCAGCCAAGUGCCAGGACAUGGCAAAUGACUCAUACCACUUGAAAUAUGAGUGUGAGUCCAUGGCAGCAAUUCUGGACAAGCUGGAGAUCCAAGAAGGUCUGGUGCCAAGGGUUGUCUAUAGACUGUUUGCCCAAAGAACAAAGACCUACUUUACCUCAAGAAGACAGUUGCUGGAUGAGGCUCUAAAGGCUGGUUGGAAACCAGCUGGAACUACUCAUAAUCAACUCUUUGAUGCCCAAGAAGUGCUGAGCACUUUGGAACUCUUCAGACAUCCAGUUGACCCUCAAAAGGCUGCCUAUGAAGCUCUGUUGUCUGUGUACAUAGUCAAGUUGCUGAAGGGCUGUGGUUAUUUUGGCUCUGUGACCCCAGCCACCACAGAGCUCACAUCAAAGGACCAGCAGUCAGAUGCUGACAUCCUGCUGAUUUCCAGACUUGUCCUACACUAUGUGCGACAUCUGAAAACACAGACCUUCACUGUAUCCAGUGUGGUUGUGCCAUGUUCAGGAUAUGAGUCUCCCCAGGGCUCUCAAGUGGUGGGACUGGCCAUGUGUCCCACCAUCAGUUUCCUCAACCAUUCAUGUGUGCCUAAUGCUUGUGUGGUGGGGGCCAUGGAUGAGGACAAGUUGGUGGUGGUGGCCAUGAAAGGAAUUGCCAAGGGGGAGCAAGAUGUCCUGCUUGCAGAAGGAAUGGAGAUUCACCUGCUCUUGCCCAGCAUGUUCAAACCAAUGGCCAACCAUAAACUCUUUGCCAGACACAAUGACCCUCAUUUGCCCCCAAUGUUCUCAAAAGAACUCUUGCUUGAGCCAGCAAAAAUGCUCCUCACUGAAGCCAAGAACAUUUGCAGGAACCUGAAGCAAUUGACCAACACAGAGCAUCUCAAUUACAAAUCCUUGCUGAGUGUCCUCCAUGAACUCAUCAGGGAAGUUGAUCUUGCUGAAGCCCUGGUUCAGCAACCCUGCAAGGUCUUCUGGAAAGGGGUCUUCUUGAUUGGUUAUCUGUUUCUCCUUGGCUCUAGGAAUGUCUUCCUGGAGCGGAUGGAGGAGAAAUCCAAGCAGGUUCUCAACUUUCCCAGCUUCAUAUUCCCUGUUGAAAUGUGGAAACCCCCAGAGAAAUCUGUCCUGAAGGCCUGGAAAAGCUCUUUGACUUUAAUCCAACCUCCAUUUUAUGAACUUGAAAAGGACCUCAUUGACACCAGCAACAAGGAUGAUGAAGAAGACAGCAACAAUACCUUGAAGAGGAUUGCUUAUUGCACUUUGAGCUCCAGCAGUACAGACUCUGAAUUGGAUGAUGAUGAGCCAUUGGAAGAGCAUCACCAGCAGGGGAAAUGUCUGAUGAGAUGCCUUCCUGCUCCACAUGCCACACUUGUGGCCUGGGUCCAUGUAGUCGCCGGGUUUGCACUGAAAUGCCUCUGCAAAGCCCCUAAUGUUUUGAAUGGGCCCAAUGGUCCUGAAUUUCCCUGGGCUGUGGUCGUCUUUGUUGAGGGACGUUUCCACGGACUCGGUGGCCUUGACUUCGCACCAGACUUGGCCAUAGGCCGUGAAGAAAAGCUGCUCGUUGGUCAGGCCCAGGCCAGGCAGGGCCUCUUCUGGCCCAUCCCGCGUGUCCAGGUGCCGCCUGUAGGCUGUCCACGCGUGGUCCAGGCCCAGCACGUCGCAGAUGUUCUCACUGAGAAAUCAUCCAUUGUUGCCAGCAGGACUCUCACCAUAAAUCACAAGUCAUUGUCUCUCACUUUUGAUGACUGUGCUCAGCCUGAGAUUCAUCUCUUGCAGCACGUGUCUCUGGUCCUGGUCGUGGUUGAGGAAAUUGUCCUCCAAAUAACUGCCGCAGGCGAAGGCGUAAAAGUCCUGACAGGGGUCCUUGGACUGGUCGAUCCUGGCCAGCAUCCUAGCUGA